UUAGGUUUUCUACCUCCCUGUGAAUUCGAUCCCAAGUAUUACAACUCGACCUCUUAUUUGAGAGAGUAUAAAUCACUCUUUAGGGUAAUUUGAGUGAUAUCACCUUCUUGUGGAAAAAUGCGUAAAAGGACCCAGAACAAAAGGCGGGCAAGGCAAAACUUUUUUUUUAAUUGGUUGUUAUUUGGAAAUGGUGGUCCUCCCCCUGCAUGAAGUUGUUUGUUUGUCUUGUGUUUGUUUCGGACAACUGCGCAAAACUUGACUAUUAUACCUCUCUUAUUUGUUUUCAAAUGACAUUAGUAUUAUCUAUAUCUAAACUCGGUUAUCAUAGUUUUACAUUUGAGUUCUCAACAAUAACUUAUCGUCCAAACAAAUGUGAUAAUUGUAAUUGAAAAAUUAAGAAAUGUCAUAUAUGUGCAUUAUAAAACCUUACCACUCCAAUCACACUUUUGUCAUGAAUAACUACAUAGAAAUGAGAUGUUCGAGUUAUAUGUAUUUGCAAAUUAUUAUUGUAUACAACAAUAUAAGUACCAUUUUAGAAAACAAUAUUGGAGAGUAAAACUAAAAUAUCUGAUUAUAUUGAUUAGUAAAACUAAAUAAAUUAGAAACCACCAAAGGUAUAACUAUGACCAAAUUUAGUAUAACUAGUAUCUUUUGUAUAACUAAGAACAAAUAGAGUGGAGGGAAAUGAAAAUUGUUUUCCCGCUUAAACACUUAAAACAUUUGUUUCUUUUUAUUUUUCCUAUAUCGAAAUAACUGUCUCCCCAAUCCCAACCGGAACAGCUCACUUUUUCUUAUCCAUCCGUCUCUCUUUGAAUUCCCUCUCUAAAAAAGAAUCCAACUUUCUCUUGUUUUCGCUGAAUCAUGACGCAUCCAGACGAGGAGUACCGUGACAUGAAGAAAGCAAAGAGAGAAAACGACAUGCGUGGGUACAUCAACGACGCCCAUCACGGGAUUCUGACCAGAUGUUUCUGUGGAGAAAGAAUCGUCAACAAGUUUUCUCCGGCUAUAAAGUUUCCCGGUGACUUUGAUACUCUGCCUGGAAGGAGGUACUUCACUUGCGCCAAGUUUGAGAAUGAUGGAUUCCACUUCUGUCAUUCAUGGGUAUUCGCCAUGGAGGAAGAUGUUAAGGGCAUGCUGAGUCGUGUGGAUGAGAUGUAUGCACAGAUUGACAAGCUCAAGGACCAGCUUAAGCGUGUUACCCAUCCAUAA